ACGAGCGGAUGUAGGCUUUGACGUUAGCAAGGAGGGAAGGCCAAUGGAAAUAACGGGAGAUGGUAUCAAAGGUUUUCUGGAAACCAAGAUGGCCAGCGGUCUUGGCGUUGUGGUGCUCGGCCAAGAGCUGGGCGCGAAGGCCACGGGCGUCAGGGAUGCAGAGUCGGCGGGUGCCUUUGGUUUCAAUGUAGAGAAGGUUGUCGUGGAGGGCAUAGCCGGAGACGGGGUCGAGGUCACGGAGUUUGUUGUAGAUGGUGGAGAAGUCGGGGCAAGAGAGGUAUCCUUGGGUGUAGCGAUGGUGGGGCGAUGGCAGGAGUUGGAUGUGGGUCAUGGCGGCAUAGACCUUCUCAAGGGAAUUGUGGUCGGGGCGGCAGGAGAGGGCAUCGGCAACACGGUUGCUUUUGUCGGGGGUGUGGCAAAUGGUGAAGGUAAAUUGGGCAAGGAAGUCGAGCCAGCGGGCUUGGCGAGGGGUGAUGUCUUUCUUGAAUUUCUGGUCGCGGAGAAUGGCGAGAACUUGGCGGAGAUGAUCAAGGUGGGACUCGAAGGUGGGGCUAAAAACAAGGAUGUCGUCGAGGUAGAUCACGACACAGACUUCGAGGAGGUCGCGAAAGAUGUGGUUCAUGGUGGAUUGGAAUGUGGCGAGGGCAUUGGUGAGACCGAAAGGCAUUACGAGAAACUCGUAGUGCCCGAAGCGGGAGCGGACGGCGGUUUUGUGGGUGUCCUCCUCGCGGAUACGAAUCUGGUGGAAUCCACUACGAAGGUCGAUCUUGGUGAAGUAUUUGGCUCCACGGAGGCGAUCAAGAAGUUCGGAUAUCCGGGGAAUCGGAUACUUGUUCUUGAUCGUGAUCCGAUUCAAGGCGCGGUAGUCCGUGCACAUGCGGAGUUCCGAGGUGCCGUUCUUCGUGACGAAGAGACAGAUGGUACCGAAGGGGGAGGAGCUAGGCUUAAUGAAUCCUUUUUCAAGGAGUUCAUUGAGUUGGCGCUUCAUUUCUUAGGCCUCGGGGACGGAGAGCUGUCGUCGCCGGCAGACGAAUUGUUGAUGCCAGGACAUGGCUACAAGGGGCGGGGGGAUAGUGUUCAAGUGGAGGAGGGCCCAGAGGCCGCGAUGGAGAAGGAGGAAGUGGAUGUGGGAGGGGCUGGAUCCGGUGGGGCGGGAAGGCUGGUGGGUGGAGCGGCCGGCCUUUGGGCAAUUGGUUUGCUGAUGCCCCAGCUGGCGGCAACGGAAACAACUGUCGUUGGCCUGGAGGAAGGCGCGUUCGGCGGGGGUGAGCUUUUUGAGACGAGGGGGUUGGGGGGAGGAGCAAGGCUGGGAGGCAAGGCGUUGUCUUUCCAUCCUCAUGAGAUGGACAGCCUGGAAGUCUUCCUCGGUGAAUUGGGCUGGGUCAACAGACUCGGGAGAGGAGUCAAAGUUGUCGUCGGAGGGGAGUGACGAGUCGUCGGAGGCCAUGUUGUGGAAAAACCGGUUGCGGUUGGGGGCGCCUGGUCUUUGAGAGAGGAGGUGAGGAAGGCGAUCAUGGUGGAGAAGGCGGGUAAGGAGAUCGGUGAGAGGGAGCUCGGGCUCAUGGGCGAGGGCUGCGGCGAGGUGGGGGAAGCAUAUACCCGCUUGAUGCGGGAGAUGAAGACGUAGUCGGGAAUGAGAGUCGACGGGAUGUGGAGGCGGAGGGAGCGAACGUAAUGGAUGAAUCGC